UACCGCCGGGUCUCCAUGGCGACUGGACGCGGUCGGAUGCUGCAGCCGCGCUGGCUGGGCCUCCUGGCGCUGCGCGGGCCCAUCCCAAGUGGCAGUGAGGCCUGGGUCGGCGCAGGGGCAGCCCCCGGGUGCCCCUGGGCCUCCGGGUUUAGAAUGGGGCCAGGUAUCAGAUUUGCAGCCAACUAUACUACUGUGAGACAAUAUGCCAGAUGUGGCCAGCACUAUGAGAAAUCCUCCUGUAAUUAUUUUGUGUCCCUGGAUGGAAUGCCUUCAGAAGUCUUGCUGAAGAUACUUUCCUACUUGGAUGCUGUGAGCUUGCUGUGUACGGGCUGUGUGAACAGGCGGUUCUAUCAUUUGUCCAAUGACAAUUUUAUAUGGAUCAGAAUCUACUCAACUGCUUUUUCACCUAAAAGAUCAAAUUGGAAAAUGAAUUCAGUAGAGGAGACGGCUAUGUCUGUAAGCUUUCUGUCAGUUGAGGAAAAAGAAGCUGGAUAUUGGAAGAAAGAAUAUAUUGCAAAACAAAUCAGAGCUGUGAAAGCAACACUGGCACAGAUUCUCAAGCCUGUCAGCCCUUAUACAGGUCUUCCAGUGAAAACCAAAGAGGCUCUCAGAAUCUCAGGCUUAAGUUGGGCAAUUAUAUUGAGAGAAAAAAGUGGGAAAGAGUAUGUCUUGCAGCAUGUGGAUCUUUCCUUCAAUGAUACGUCUGUUACUGUUGUGUGGUAUGGCAAAACCUGGCCACACUUAGCCACAUUGUCAACCUUGGAUCUGUGUGGUAUGACACCAGUUUUUAUGGAUCGAUAUAAACCCCCUGUCAAAAAUGGACCUCGAUGGCAUUCUUUAAUUGCAAAGUACAAUCUGAGUCAUUUACCUGAAUCUGCCAUGAUUGGCUGUGACAGACUUGUUCGGAUAUUCUGCCUAAACCCUGGCCUCCUUGUGGGGUUGUGGAAGAACGAGGAAGAACUGGCUUUUGUCAUGGCAAAUCUUCAUUUCCAUCACCUUGUGGAGAGGAGCACAUUAGGGUCAGCCACUCUCCCCUAUGAACUUCCUCCUCACAGUCCCUUUUUGGAUGACAGCCCAGAGUAUGGACUGAGUGGCUACCAGCUCCAUGUUGACAUGCACGGUGGUGGAGUUUUCUACCUGUGUGGUACAUUUCGCAAUCUCUUCUCCAAAAAAGGUGAAGGGUACAUUGAAGAUGGAUAUGUGAAGGUCAUUGUGAUAAAUUUUAAGAACAAUAGAGAACAUCUACCUCUCAUUGGAAAAGUUGGACUUGUUUGGAGAACUAAUGCUUUUGAUGGCUUUAUAGAGAGGUGCCCCAUACUAGAUGUGACUCUCCUGGAUGAAAAAAGAAAGCCCUUUUGGUGCUUCAGUUCUCCCGUUUGCAUGAGGCCCGUCACCUGCCCUUCCGAUGGCCCCACUUUCCUGGGACACACAUACUAUGUCAACUACAAGGAUGAAGUAGGAAAAGUACAUGCGGAGCUUGUGUGGAUUGAAGAGACGGAAGAAUAUUUCAUUGUCAGCCUGGUCCUUUACCUCAGUGUAGCAAAAAUAAACUACUGGUUUGGGACAAACUACUAAUUGUUAGAAAUAGGUAGCAAAGUAUUUUUUGUUAACUUUAUUUUUUUUUUUUACUGUCAGCUUCGCUCUUAAUAUUGAAAGUUAAAAUAAAGCAUAUCUAUGAAAAUCC